CCGAGCGAGCCCCGGCCAUGGGCGAGAGGCGGCGCGGGGAGAGCGGCGAGCCGGGCACGGGGCUCCCCGAGGAGCAGGGCUGCUCCCUGCUGCAGCAGGCUGUGGCUGUGCUCCAGAGCUGCUCCCUGCACUCCAGCUCCCAGCAGGAACGUUUCCAGUACAGCAGAGCCACCCUGGUGGAGAAGGAGCUUUUCCUGAGCGAGCUCCGAGCUUUUGCACGAGCCAAGGCAGCUGCAGGGUACAGCCAGGAGGAGCUGCAGGAGACCUUUGCAUUCCUGCUCUUUGACAAGGAGGAGGAGGCUCAGCAGGUCUGUCAGAGCGGGCUCCGAGUCAACAGCAGCAACAUCUGCACCCUGGGGGACCCUGCCAAAGGGGUUUAUAUUUCCAAAUACUCCGACUGCCUCCACCCCAGCCCUUGGCACCAGGAAAAUCAGGAUUUAUUGUCAUCUGUAAACUCAUCAAGGGCAAGGUCAGAGCCAUCCCUGAGAGCUCCCCCCAGCAGCUCCACCUGCCCCUCGCCCGGCUACGACUGCCACGUGUCCAGCGGGAGCAGCCAGUACUACGUGUACGAGGUGAGCGGGGCGGGGGCGGCCGAGCGGCCCCGCCAGGUGUGUCCGUACGUGCUGCUGUCCUGCCAGUACCGCCCGCCCCGGGAGAUGCCCGCGCCGGCCCCGCCGCGCCCAGCGGAGCAGAACCACCAAGAGCCGCAGUCGCCGUUGGCACCGUGCCCGUGGCGGGGCCAGCUGUGCAUCGGGGGGCAGCGCCUGUGCACCAUCGGCCUGAGGAGCCAGCACAGCGCGGGCACCGUGCCCGCACAGCUGCCUCCCAGCCUGGACAUCAAACACGUCAUGGGCUUGUCUGACUUGAAGAAAAAGCUGCCAGAAGCUGCAUUUGGGAAAAAAAAUUACACUAAGAACGAAGUCUGCUUCCAGGGCGUUUACUCCAGCCUCUAUGAGGUGGAAAUCUCCCACAAGGAUCAGUCCAAAAUGGAUCUGCUGCUGGAGAACCUGAGGGAGAAGGACUUGGCAAUCAUCAAAUAUUUGCAGGACCAGGGAGUUCUCAUCCUGCUCACGUCCUCAGCCUUGGCACGGGAGGAUGGCCUGGAGCCCAAGGAGCCCGUCAGCCUGCUGGCCCUGUUCCUGUUCAGCUCCCCCCGGGCGCUGAGCCCCCGAGAGGAGCAGCAGGGUGCCCGGCCCAGGAGGGAGGGCAGCUCCCGGAGCUCCCUCUCGCUCAGGAUCGCCUCGGUGCUGCCGGGGCUGCGCUACGCCCUGCGCAAGGCAGCCGCCUCCUCCUGCGGCACCACGGGCAGCCCCCGCCUGCAGGAGCACCUCCAGGAGUAUGCAGAGCUGCAGGAGAGCUCUCAGGACACUCCCAGUGUCCCUGUGCCCUCUCCGUGCCAGGAUGGGGACGCCGGUCCUUCCCAGGAGUUUUCGGAGCAGUCCCUGGCCCAGCUGCGCCGUUACCUGUCCGACCCCGGCAGCUUCACCCUGGGGAUCUCAGCAGCCCUGCAGUGCCUGCGUGGGGCUGCCAGGAAUGUGGCGGCUGAUCCUGGCAAUUCCUCCUCCUCCUCCUCCUCCUCAGAGCCCCCAAGUGCUGCUCCUUGCACCAGAUCAGCGGGAGCCGUGCGGGAUAAGAGAGAGCUUCCCGCUCCAGAGAGAGCCCUUAAAAGUGUCACCUCUCCCACCAAGCCCUGGGGCCGGGAGCUCAGGAGGAAAUCCAGCAGGAUCCUGGGGAAGAACAUUCCAGCCCCCAGGGCACAGACACCUCCUGGGGAGGGCAGCAGCAGGAGCAGGGAGGCAGCCAAGAAAAAAACCGGCGGCGCUUCCUCUGGUCCCAGAAAAUCGGGAUCCACGGGAAACCCCAACGAGCCCAUGCUGAAAUUGGCCAACCUGCAGCUGCCACACGGAAGGAAAAGAGGUGCAGAGGUCCUGGCUGCAGAAAUUGUCCACAAACCCCAGUGUGAAAGUGCUGAGGAGGAGGAGGAAAGCUCAGCUCCCAAUGGUCCUGCUGUGGAGGCAAAGAGGCCCAAAACCCUGGAAAACCUGGACACUAAGAAGGUUCCUGUCACUGAGAGUGGCACCACAAAGCCAGGGAAAAGCAAAGUGCAGAAAAACGUGGAAAACAGAGCAGCAAAACCUCAUGAGAAGCAGCAGGAAGAGAGUGAGCGGAAGGAGCAGCCCUCGGAGCUCCCUGGCGAAGCCCCGUCCCAACCGCCCGGAGCAGAAAUCCCAGGGAAUGUUCAUCCCAUGGCAAUUCCCAGCACUGCCUUCGCCCUGCCAGGGGACAACAGCGACUCCCACGCCCUGAACCUGCUGGCUGACCUGGCCCUGGGCUCCUGCAUCCCUGCCUUUAUUCCCGAGGAUUCUGGGCUGGUCCCGGCGGAAUGCGGGGAUUCCUCGGAGCAGCAGAGCCCGUCCGACCCCAAAUCCCUGCGCGCGGCCUCCGACCACAAAUACCACAGGGCGGACAGGCAGGGCAAGAAACCCACCUGCAGCAAGGUGUCCCAGAGCCAGGCACUCCCUGAGCCAGCAGAUCCCAGCCCGCUGGCCUCUCCUCCCAGGGAGAAAUCCUCUGGAAUUGUCAGCAGGAGCGGCGCCGCGUUCCAGGCGUUCCCUCCCCGGCCGGCCCCGCCAGCCUGCGAGCCGAACUCGCACUCCAUCAUCUCAGCCGAGCACUCCUACGCCUCCCCCCUGCCCGAGGAUCCCAGAGCACCCCCAGAUCCCAAAGGGAGUCACCCCAGGAGUGCCCCGGCUGCUCCCCUGGUGGGGAAGGUGCUGCCGUUCCGGCACCAGCAGAGCGGCGCCGCCGAGCCCGCCCGCGGCCGGAGCUGUCCCAGGAGAAAGGAGGAGUUCUCCAGGAGCCACACGGUGAGCCUGUGUGGCAGCUCCAUGAAGGUCACCUGCCGCUGGGAGGAGGAGUAUCUGUUCCACCUGGACAGCAGGUACACCAACGAUUCCCUGGAGAAAACUGUCAUCCGGGCCCUGCACGGGCCCUGGGAUCCCGAUCUCCCCGACGACGUGGAGGGGAUGAAGCUGAUCCUGCACAUGUGGGUGGCCCUGUUCUACAGGAAGCCCAGCAAGCUCCUGAGCAGCUCCAGGAAGGUGGUGGAGCACAGCAACCCCAGCAAAUUCGUCUCCAUCAGCAGCUCCGGCGGCUUCCUGGAGCUCAGCGACGACAGCCAGGACUGCUUUGGCUUCGAGACGUGCCCCGCGGACUCGGGCUGGGACCCUGACCAGACCCCCAGCAGCUCCCUGGACCCCAGCCCCCCGUGCCAGGCCCCCCAGCCCCAGCCCCAGCGCGGCCCCGCGGGCUCCCGGCGGCCGGGAACAGCCGUGGACAGCACCGUGUCCUCCUCCUCGGGGGAGCUGCCCUGCGGGGACGACGAGGAGGAGGAGGAGCAGGAGCCUUCCUCCACCAGCUGUCCCGAGAGCCUUUCCCUGCAGGAGGAGCAUUCCAGGGAAACAAGGCUGGGUGUGGAGCCCGAGGGCGUUCCCGAGGAUGUCUCCGGUGUCACUGCCAGUGUCACCAGCGCGGAGGAGCCAGCCAAGGAGGAGCUGCCGUGUGCCAGGAUCUCCCCCAGCCCUCCCCAGGAUCUCGGCUGUCCCAGCAAACCCCCGGGCACGGGAAACCCCGGGAGCCAAACCCCCAACUCCAGCACAGCCCCAUGGACAGAGCCCCCCAGUGCCCCCCAGGAGAACGGGGAGCAGGAAGAGCAGCAGGGAGAGCAGCGGGAGGCAGCCCCAGGGAGCGGCCCCGGCCCUCCCGAGGAUGAGGAGGGAGCGGGAGGCUCCGGCCGUGCCCUGGAAGGCGGCGAUGGCGCCGAUCCGCAGCCUGCAGGUGACUCCCUGCCCUUGGAAGCAGCUCCUGGAAGUGCAGAGCCUGAGGAAGGGGAGGAAUGCCAGGAGCCCUCGGAGCACUCAGAAAAGGAGGAGAGGGAGGAGGAGAAGGAGGAGAAGAAGGAGAAUGAGGAGUUGGAGGAUGAAGGCUCCUUCAUGGGCCCCGUGGGUUUGGUGCUGUCGGAGAGCAGCGAUGCCGAGAUGGAAUGUGAGCAGAAUCCCGGGAAUUCGGCGUCUCCAGAGCAGUUUGGUGUUCCUGAGCAGGACCCCGUGCCCAGCCCCACGUCCCUGGCACCCCCCUGCCCCGACAGAGUCUCCCCAGCGCCCUCAGGUGGGGCUGGGGCUGUCCCUGGAGGAUUUCCUGAGGAGGUGCCACCAAACCAGGGGCAGCUCCCGGAUCCCUGGGACGCUCUGGGCACGCCGGGGUCGGAGCCAAACGGGGCUGGAGUGGCCGAGGUGGGGUCACCCCGCAGUGAGAGCAGCAGGGAGCUGGCAGUGCCCCCUGUGCCCAGCCCUGUGCGUGGGGCACAGCCUGACAGCGUCACAGACAGCCCGGGGCCUGCUGGAGCCACAGAGCGGGAUCCGGCGCCCUCUGCAGAGCCCUGGGAGCCGGCCCCGAGCCCGGGAUCCCCCUGCAGGCCCGGAGUGAGCCUGGCCCUGUCCCCCGACACCAGCUCCGUGUGCCCGGCCUCUCCCAGUGCAGCCAUGGACCCGUGGGGUGCCCCAGAGCCUCAGCCCACGGGGAGCCUCCGGUCACCGUCCCCGAGCAGCCCGGGGCGGCGGGGCGGGGGCGACGCCGAUGCCAGCCCCGAUUCCCUGGGCGCUGAGGAGUCAAACCAGGCUGGGAACGGGGGUUUGGGGGAGGAACAGCUGGGGAGCCCCUCUGGCAAUGGCGUGGAGGAGCUGGAUGAUCCCGUGGGGGCAGGAGAUGGCCGGGACUCCCCCUUUGAGUGCACAGACAUAGGAGAUGAGUGCGGAGCUGAGGAGAGCGGGGAUGCGUUCCCUGCGAUGGAGAAUUCCCCUGGGAGCGACACCACGAACACGGAGAUGGCAGAGACCCCUCCCCACCACCACCUGCUGGAAGCAGAGCCCUCCUCCUCCAUCAGCGAGGCCAUCUCAGCCACGCAGGAGCUCCCCAGGCAGCAGCAGAGCUUCCCAGACAUCCAGGGGGACUCGGCUCCCGCUUCUCCUGCCGCCGGAGUCUCCAGUGCCGGCGCUGCCGCGGUGCCGGGCCGGCGGGAGUCGGUGCUGUGCCGCCUCUGGAAGCCGGGCCGGGAAGGAGGAGCCGUGCAGGUCAGCGUGGCUGCCUGGAGCCUGCACGGCUCCUUCCAGCCCAGCUGCUCCCAAGAGCUGCUGGAGUCCCCAGCUCCCUGCUCACCUGCGGCAGCGGGACCAGGAUCUGCUCCUCCUUCUCCGUGUGACCCGUGGGACGAUCCGGAGCCUGCGGAGCCGGGCUCACCCCUGCCUGAGGCGCUGCCCAGGAUGCUCCCUCCCACUCCGGACAGUGCACGGUGGGCUGGGAGACACAGCAGCCAUGGAAGCCUCAGGAACCAUGGGAGCCCCAGGAACAGCCCCAGGAGCUAUGGGAGCCCCAGGAACAGCCCCAGGAGCUGUGGGAGCCUCAGGAACCAUGGCAGCCCCAGGAGCUUCGGCAGCCCCAGGAACCAUGGCAGCCCCAGGAGCUGUGGGAGCCUCAGGAACCAUGGGAGCCCCAGGAACAGCCCCAGGAGCUAUGGGAGCCCCAGGAACCAUGGCAGCCCCAGGAGCUAUGGGAGCCUCAGGAACCAUGGCAGCCCCAGGAGCUUCGGCAGCCCCAGGAACCAUGGCAGCCCCAGGAGCUGUGGGAGCCUCAGGAACCAUGGGAGUCCCAGAAACCAUGGCAGCCCCGGGAGCAGCCCCAGCAUCCGUGACAGCCCCGGGAGCAGCCCCAGGAGGAGCCCCAGGAGCUGUGGCAGCCUUGGGAGCCAUGGCAGCCCCAGGAGCUAUGGUAGCCCCAGAAGCUGUGGUAGCCCUGGUAGCCCCAUGAGCUGUGGCAUCCCCAGGAGCCAUGGCAGCCCCACAAGUUGUGGCAGCCCCAGAAGCUGUCGUAGCCCUGGUAGCUCCAGGGGCCAUGGUAGCCCCGGCAGCUAUGGUAGCCCCAGGAGCUGUGUCAGCCCCAGGAGCCCUGGUAGCCCUGGCAGCCCCCGGAGCUGUGUCAGCCCUGGUAGCCCUGGUAGCCCUGGCAGCCCCAGGAGCUGUAGCAGCCCCAGGAACUGUGGCAGCCCUGGUGGCCCUGGUAGCCCUGGUGGCCCUGGCAGCCCCCGGAGCCCGGCAGGGGAUGCCGGAGGGAGCCCCGGGGAGGAGGAGCCCUUCCUGCCCGAGGAGCUGGAAGGGGGCAGCAUUGCCAGCCCUGCCCCUUUGCCAGCCCGGGAGUGUCCCCUGUGCCAGCCCUGGGAUGAGUGUGAGCACCACCCCGAGGGAUCCCAGGGGUUCCCUGAUCCCGACUGUGCUGGCACUGAGGUGGGGCAGGGGGAAAUUCCCGCUUCUCCCAUCCCGUGGGACGAGCCCGGGGAUCCCUCUGGAGAACACCCAGAGUUCAGUGAUGCCGAGGAUAUUCCGGAUGUGCUCCCAAGGGAAGAGCGGCUGCCAAGCCAAGACACCCACGAGGGCUUGGCCUUUGAGGAUCCAUUGGAGAAUUCCUUCGGUGACUCAGACCAGGAAUAUUUGGAGGGGAAUUCUCGCUCCCCUCUUCCGAGCAGGAGCUCCUGCAUCGUGAGAUCCGUGGAUGCUGCAGGAGCAAGGACUACCUGGGACAGCUCCUCCAGGAGCUCCGAGCCCACGGAGGAGCCCGGGGAGGGCUGGCACUGGGACAUUCCCAGGGAUUCUGGGGGCAUCGUGGUCACCAGGCAGUGCCAGGACAGGGUGGCACAUUUCCAGCCGCCCCGGAGGCGCAGCCGCCGAGCCCGCGAGUGCCACCUGGCCCGGUCCCUGCUGGGGACGUGGCGGGGCCUGCAGGAGAUCACCCAGCACACUUUGGACAUGGAGUGCCUCCGCUUCCACUAUAAGCUAAAAGAAAUCCUAAGGGACGGCAAGCCGCCCUUUCCUACCUCCAGGAGCCUCUUCCCGACGGCCUCCCCUGCCCGCGUGCCGCCGUCCCCGCGCAGCAGGAGCCCCCUGCGGGUGACGAUCCCGCCCUCGGACGGGUGGCCCCGCUCCCGCAGGGACCCUCGGGCCGCCAGGAGGGGCCGUGCCCGGAGCCGGGAGCGCGGGGCCGCGCUGCGCCUGGCCCGGCUGCGGCACCGGCACAGCCCGGAGCCCCGCGGGGACGGGGAUGGAGACGGGGACGGGGACGUGGCCGGCAUCCUGCGGGAGUUCUCCGAGUUCCAGAGGCUGCUGCUGGCCGGGAGCGCCGCCCCGGGGCAGGGGGAGCGCGGGGGCGCCCGGCCGGGGCUGGCCCGGCCCCGCGGGCCCCCGGAGCUGCGGGGAAUGGUGGCGGAGCUGUGCGGGGCCCUGCGCUGCCACCUGCGCCGCGUGGCCGCCGGCCGGCAGCCCGGCAUGUUCUACCUGCUGGAGAGCGGCCGGGAGCCCUUCUUCGACAGGGCCAAGGCCCUGCUGGAGGCACGGGGCUUUGUGAGCACGGAGCCCCUGAGCUUCUGCAGCGCCCGGCGCGGGCACGAGCGGCUGCUGGUGAUCGUCAGGAACCGGGACAUCGCCUCGCACAUCCACACGGUGCCGUGCCUGCUGGAGCUGAAGCGCUGUCCCAGCGUGGUGUUUGCCGGCGUGGACGAGCCCGAGGAGGUGACAGGUGACACCUUCCAGGAGCUCUUCCAGGCCGGAGGGUUCGUGGUGUCCGACGAGGAGCUGCUGGAAAGGGUGACCCUGGGCCAGCUGAAGGAGGUGGUGAAGCUGCUGGAGAAGCUCAACAGGAGCGGGAGGUGGAGGUGGCUCCUGCACCACAGGGAGAGCAAGCAGCUCAGAGGAGACCUCAGGGCCGAUGGCAGUGCCCAGAGGAAGCAGCAGCUGCUGAGGUGGUGCCAGGGGGCAGAGCUGCUGGAGCUGCUGCCCUUCCACGGCUGCGAUGCGGCGGCCGAGCCCCGGAGCGCCCAGUGCCUGCUGGGGCUGCAGGCGCAGCACGUCCGCGCCCGCUUCGCCGUGUUCCUCACAGAAAACCCCAGCAGCAGCUGCAGGGAGAUGCUGGAAAGCAACGGAAUUCUGGUGGCUGACAUCUCCACCUUCCUCGGGACGGUGCAGAAAGUGGCUGCUCCCUUCAGAAGAAGCUACUGGUGACAAAGUGAAGCCACCAGGACACGGCUCCUCCCCAGGCCCUGUGGCACCAGUUUGGGCACCCCGGUCCUGUGGGGGACAUCCCCACCAUCCAACCCAAUGGUUCCCCACCAUCCCAAUGGUUCCCCACCAUCCCAAUGGUUCCCCACCAUCCCAGUGGAUCCCCACCAUCCCAGUGGUUCCCUACCAACCAUCCCAGUCAAUCCCAUCAAUCCCAGUGAUCCUACUGGAUCCCCACCCUCCAUCCCAGUGGAUCCCAUCCAUCCCAGUGGAUCCCCACCUCUCAUCCCAUGAAUGCCAGUGGAUCCCCACCAUCCAUCCCAGCAGCUGCUGGGGGCGGGGGAAAGUCGGGUUUAGCUCUGUACAUAAAUCUUAUUUAAAGGUGGGAAAUGCAAACCCUCAGGGGAUUCAUUCCCUGCCAUCCAGUCUCACAUAGGAAAGUUCUUUUUAAACGGUACAGGUAAAUUAUUGGAGUGGUUUGAAGUCUUUUCAUGCAGCUGCCAUUGGAGCAGGCAAAUGAAUUUCCCAAAGUGUACUUGAAGAUGAGGAAUGAGAACAAAUCCCUUUUCCACGUGGUCGUUGCUGUUCAGGCCCACACUACAUUUCAGCUCAGCCCUGCUGCCUCCUGGUACCGGUUCCCUGCUGGGGCUCGUGGAAUCCCAGCACAGGAACCCUGUAAAUAGUGGGAAGCAGGAACAGAAUAAGCUCUUUUAUUUAUGGGGGAAAGGAGCAGCCCAGCCCCGUUCCCGCCCGGCUCCGCGGGGCAGGGGCGUCCCUCAGCUCGUUUUUAAAUCAGGACUGCGAGGUCACUCUGUACAGGAUGACUUUGUAAAGAGUUUGAUUAAUAAAACCUCCAAAAUCA